AUGGGCCAGCCAACAUGCGCUGCGGAGGAGCAGCUGCAGGCGAAGAUGGAGCAGGAGAUGGCAGCGGCCCGUGCCCAGCCAGAGAACGACGAAGAUUUCGAUGGAGUCACAGCAUCCUAUGUCCGUGCCCUCGUCCAGGGACAAGAAUGCGAGCGAACACAACAGCGCAUCCAAGUGCUGGUGAGCAGACUGGACGGUGUGGAGCACGUGCUGCAAGUAGAGCCAGACUGCAGCUUGCAUGACUUCAAGCGCCUACUGGUCAAGAAUGGUUUGGCUCGCGAGGGCCUGGCGGUUGAGAUGAUACUCGAAGGAGUGCCCCUGA